CAGCGGCGCCGGGAACGCGAGCAGCAGCAGGACAGCAUCUACAAGACCAAGACGCACUGCGCAAAUAACGACACGGCCGAGGAGGCGGAGACGGCGCGGGAGCUGGCCCAGAUGUUUCCCGACUACAGUGGCGAGUUCUCCGACCUGCUGCCGGCCGGCCUAGAGCCGGCGCCGGCGCCGGCCGCCCCUGGCGGCGCCCUGCGGACAGAACCUGAACUGACGCCCGCCAUGCUGGCCAGCCUAUGGCGGCUGCACCGGGAGGCGUACGGCGCAUGCGCGGCGGCCCGCUGGCUGCCCGAGCCGCCGGUGGCCGAGCCGCCCGACCUCAUCCGACCCUUCUGCGAGAGGUACCGGCUGCUGUCGGCGCUGGAUGAGCCGCUCUCGUCGCUGCUGGAUGCCGACGCUGACGGUCAGCUGGUGGCCGCUCACCUGAUGGCCGCCGGCGUGCUGGAGGCCGGCGUCGAGCCGGAGUCGGCCGCGCUGGCGCCGCCGCCGCCUGACAAGCCGUACGACGUGUACCGCGACCCGCACGUCACCGAGGUGGUGUCGUGUCGCGGCGCGCUGCAGCGGCUGGACGGCCGUGCCGGAAAGCUGCUCGCAUCGUGGCCCGAGCACCCGGCACUGGUGCAGCUGCGCCGCACCAUCGACCGCGUGCUCCAGCUCAAGGUCACCACGCCGCUGGUCAAGGUCGUCACGGGGCUGGAGCUGGUGCUGGAGCGCGCCCAGGACUGGGAGCAGAACGCACACAAGGGUGUCUCGCUGUCGACGCAGCUGGAGGAGAUCACGGACCUGGUGCUGCGCUGGCGGAAGCUGGAGCUGGACUGCUGGAAGCGCUGUCUCGACUCGACCGCCUACAACUGCCACGUGUCGGCGUCGCGCUGGCUGCCGCACCUCAGCGGCCUGCUGGAGGAGCAGCUGGCCAGCGCCGCGCCGCCGGAGGCUGUCGCGCGCCUGCUGCAGCAGUUCAUCGAGUCCAGCCCGCUGGGCGAGUUCCCGGCCCGGCUUCAGAUGCUGCUGGCCUCGCACCAGCAGCUGAUGUGCGAGGGCGGGAUGAAGGACCACUCGCGCAGCGACCUUUGUGUACUGCUGUGGAACCUCUACCAGUACUACAGUCAGUUUUACGCAGCGGUUGAGAGCCAUCUCAAGGCUCUCCGUAAACCUGUGGAGCAAAAAGUGAAGGACUUCGUGAAGAUCGCCCGCUGGAAUGACGUCAACUUCUGGUCGGUGAAGGACACAGUGAAAAAGUCGCACAGAAUGGUCCACAAGCACGUGAAGGAGUUCCAGGCGGUGCUGGCGCAGCCGGUGGCGCCGGCGCUCGUCGACCCUGACGCGUUCGAUGACGAGGCGAACCGGCAGCUGGGGCUCUGGGAUCGGGAGCAAGUGGCGCCGCCGCUGACGCCCGUCAACUCCAACCUGUACAUCGCCCGCGGCAAGGUGGCGGUGUCCGACUGCCCGUACCCGGAGCACGAGCAGCUGGCUCGGCUGCGCCUGCUGUACAUGCGCAGCCGCCGUCUUUGCCGCGGCGUCUACAGCCGCUCUCGGCUGAUGGAUGACGUCACCACGCUCAGUGACAUCACCGGCACCAUCUGCGAGACGGCUAGUGAGCUCAGCAAACUCAACGUGGACGGCGUCGAGGACAAGGACAAGCGCCGCAAGCUGGUCGGCCACAUGAAGCAGCGCAAGCGGAAGGCGGCCGUCGAGUUGUACCGCACGCUGGCCGACAUGGGCCUCUCGUAUCGGCGCGGUCUCGUCUCCUGGGAGAAGGAGUCCACCUACUGCAGCCUGCUGCAGGCGCCGCCGGUGGACGUGACGUCUGGCGACGGCCGUGUCAGCGCUGCCUGGCGGGGAUGCCUGAAGUACGAGUGCCGCGCCGUGUCACGGAUGGCGCUGCUGCGGCGCGCCCUGUUCGAGCCGCACCGCGAGCUCGGACCGCAGAACCUCGAGCGCAUGCGCGGAUACAGCGCCGACCUGAUGAUGCUGGUGGGAUCGACUCGGGUCAGCCUGGCUGCCACGGAGCAGCACGUGAGCCGGCUUUCAUCGCUGCUGGAGGAGGUGACCGGCCUCACGUGCCAGCCGCACCCCAGCCGACACGCGACCGAGCAGCGCCGCUACCGCGCCACAGAGGCGCACCUGUUGGCCGUCAGUGGCCGUCGCCUGGAGGAGGCCCACGGCGAGCUGGCGCAGACACGCGACACGCUGGCGCUGGUGCGUGCCGCGCUGGGCCGCGUCGACGGCACCGACCCGGUGUCGGCAGCGCUGCUAGAGGCGGAGGCGGCGCUGGGCCCGGCCGGCGGUGUGGAGGGCUCGGCCGCUGGCGCCGCGCCGCCGCCGGCCGACGCCGAGGCUCGGUUCGUGUCGGCCGCCGGCCGGCUAACCAGUCGCCUGCUGCUGGCCGUGCAGCGGCUGUACCGUGCGCAAGAGGAGCUGGACGCCGCGCUGCUACCGGGCGAUCCGCAGCAGGGUCUGCUGGGUGUCCGGAUUGAUGAGAGUUUGCAGCGCGCCGUCGCCGGUCUGGACGCGAGGCGCGUGGUCAGCAGUCUGGCGGCCGUUUGCCGGCCGCUGGUCGGCGCCGACAUCAGCGACGAGCAGGCCGCCCGCAUGAUCACGCUGCUGUCCCAGCUGGUGCCGCUGCUGAACCAGUACCACCACCUGUGCACGUUCGUGCUGGUUCACCAGAUGGCCGCGUACCGGUCGGCGACCAAGCUGCUCACUGUGCUGCUCAAGCUGUUCACGAUCAUGGCGCAGAAGGGCUUCUGCACGCCCGAAGACAUGCAGGACGAGCCGGAUGACUCGGAGGCGGGCACCGAGUUCAAGGACAUCCAGGACGGCGGCCUGGGCGAAGGCGAGGGCUCCAAGGACGUCUCGGACAAGCUGGAGUCGGAGGACCAGCUGGAGGGCGCCUACAAGCCAGGCGAGCAGCCUGAGGACGCCAAUGAGGACGUCAAGGAGGAGGAGCAAGGUGUGGAGAUGUCCGAGGACUUUGGCGGUAAGAUGCAGGACGUCGAGAAGAAGGAGGGCGACGACGACAGUGACGAGAGUGACCAUGAGGGGGACGAGGAGCCGGACAAGCAGAUGGGCGAGGUCGACGGGGAGGACCAGGAGAGACUCGACGAGAAGCUGUGGGGCAGCGACGACGAGGACGAAGAGCAACAGACGGCCGAGGAUGAGGACCAGCAGGACGGCGGCCAGGGCCGCGAGGACGCCCGGCUGGUGGCCAAAGAGGACAAGGAGCGCGAGGAAGCGGAUGGUGCACCGAAGGAGGAACGCAAGCGCCAGGAGAUGAAGGAGAACGAGAUGGAGGAGGACGAGGACCAGCAGGCCGACCCCUACCACAACAACUUCGCGCCGGACGCCGAGCCGGAGGAGCUGGAGCUGCCCGAGCGCGAUGGCGCCGACUCGGAGCGCGGCUCUGACAGCCACUCGGAGGGUGGUGAGCCGCAGGACAACCCCUGGGACAUCGAGGAGCGCGCCGACUUCGCCGACGGCGAUGACCAGGACCAGCAGGAUAAGCAGGACGGGGAGGAGCAGGAACAGGCGCGCGAGGAGCAGCAGCCGGUCGCCGCCGAGGAGGAGGCAGAGGAAGACGCAGAGACGGAGGAGGAGGAGGACACGGGGCGGGAGGAGCGACAGCGCGGCUCGGACGAGCGGGCGGAAGAGGAGGAGCAGGAGGCGGAGGAGGCGGCGCAGGAGCACCAGCCGUCCCGACUGGACGCCAGCGAGCAGGCGGCACAGGCGGCGCGGGAGGAUGCGGCGCGCGGCACGCAGGACGAGCUGGACCGUCCGCAGCAGACAGCGGCCGAGGAGCGGCCCGAGGAGGUCGGCAACCGCGCCGAGCAGACCGACGACAAGUACGGCGUCGGCAUGGCGGAGAGCUCGAGCAGCGGCCACCAGGCGGCGGACGCGUCACGGAUGAGCCGGCCCGAGUCGACGCGGCCGCCGCGGACGGAGCGCGCCGAGCAGCGCCGACCCGGCACCUCCGACAGCAAGCGCAGCCUCGGUCCGGACCACCAGCCGUUGGAGAAGCGGCUCAAGACGGUGGACGCCGACCUGGAGCCGACCGCCGCCGAGGGCGAGCCGGACCGGCCGCCGGCGCCCGCCGACGUGUUCCAGCACAUCCAAGAGUCCGAGCAACGGCACGACGCGCUCACCGCCGACGCCGCCACCCAGGAGCAGGCCCUGGAGCGGCCGGUGCCGGCCGAGCAGGAGGACGAAGAGGCGCCGCCGCCGGCCGAGGACGAGGACGUGCACAUGGAGGACGCCCCGCCAGAGAAGGACGACCCGUCCUCGCUGGAGAAGGUCCGGCCCGACAGGCUGUCAGACAAGCGGCGGCCACGUGACGACAAGGAGGUUGACGGGUCGGCGGAGCAGGCGGCCGGCCCGGAGAAGGGUGAGGUGGACGGGGAGCAGGUACUGACGUCGUCGGCGCAGCGGCCAGCCGAGUCGGCGGCGCACACGGCUCUGCCGACGGCCGAGGACGAGCCGGCCGGACCGGACGCGCCGCUCGACGUGGACGAACUGCGGCGUGAGCUGGAGAGCCGGCUGGACUUGUGGCAGCAGGACCCGGCCUCGCUCGACGAAGUGGAGGCGGAGCGGCUCUGGCAGCAGUAUGAGACGGUCAUCAGCCCGCUGGCACAAGAACUGUGCGAGCAGCUGCGGCUCGUCCUCGAGCCCACGCAGACGGCCAAGCUCAUGGGCGACUACCGCACCGGCAGGCGACUCAACAUGCGCAAGGUGAUCCCCUACAUCGCCUCCCAGUUCCGCAAAGACAAGAUCUGGCUGCGGCGCACAAAGCCGUCCAAGCGCGACUACCAGGUGGUGGUGGCCGUCGAUGACUCGUCCUCCAUGGCCGACAACCACUCCCGCCAGCUGGCUUUCGAGUCGCUGGCGCUGGUCAGCCGGGCGCUGGCGCUGCUGGAGGUGGGUCAGCUGGCGGUGCUCAGCUUCGGUGAGCGGACGUGUCUUCUACACGGCCUGCACGAGCCGCCGGGCGCCGCCGCCGGCGCCGCCCUCCUGCGACGCUUCACCUUCGCGCAGACGCAGACGCGCGUGGCAGCCAUGCUGGACAGCGCGGUGGCGCUGCUGGCCGGCCUUUUCCUCGUCUUCAUCGUGGUCGACAACCCGCAGAACAAGGACAGCGUGCUGGACAUCCGCGUACCGCAGUUCGGCGGCGACGGCCAGCUGCUGGGCCUGCGCUCCUACAUGGACAGCUUCCCGUUCCCAUUCUACUUGAUUCUGCGCAACAUCGGCUCGCUGCCGGCCGUGCUCAGCGACGCGCUGCGCCAGUGGUUCGAGCUGGUGACGGCCGCCGACCGUGACGGCCGCGAUUGA